CGGGCCGGCCGGUGUCCCGGGCCCGCCGCGGGUCCGAGCGGAGCGGCGCGCCCGGUGCCAGCGCGGGCCGGGGCGCGGAGCCUGGGGCGGCCCCGGCGGCCCCGCGCGAUGCGCCGCUCGAGCACGGACGAGUCCACGUACCGGCGCAGCCCGUCGCCGCCGGGCAAGGAGCCGGGCUUCGCGCGCGGCGGCCCCUUCUUUGGCCUGCACGCCAACCCCGGCCCCAAGGCGGCCCAGGCGCGCUACACGUCGCCCAAGGGCAACAAGUACGUGGUCUUCUACUUGGACCUGUCCUUCAUCUUCCUCCUAGAGCUGAAGCGCUGCAGCAUGGCGCGCGGCUGCCUGCAGGGCGUCAAGUACCUCAUGUUCGCCUUCAACCUGCUCUUCUGGCUGGGCGGCUGCGGCAUCCUCGGCGUCGGCAUCUGGCUGGCGGCCACGCAGGGGAACUUCGCCACCUUGUCCUCCUCCUUCCCGUCCCUGUCGGCCGCCAACCUCCUUAUCGUCGCCGGCACCUUCGUGAUGGCCAUCGGCUUUGUGGGCUGCAUCGGGGCCAUCAAGGAGAACAAAUGCCUUCUGCUUACCUUCUUUGUGCUGCUGCUGCUGGUGUUCCUGCUGGAGACAUCCCUCGCCAUCCUCUUCUUCGCCUACACUGACAAGAUCGACAGGUAUGCACAGCAGGACCUGAAGAAGGGCCUGCACUUGUAUGGCACCCCGGGCAACGUGGGCCUCACCAACGCCUGGAGCAUCAUCCAGACAGACUUCCGCUGCUGCGGGGUCUCCAGCUACACGGACUGGUUCGAGGUCUACAACGCCACGCGCGUGCCCGACUCCUGCUGCCUGGAGUUCAGCGAGAGCUGCGGGCUGCAUGCACCCGGCACCUGGUGGAAGGCGCCGUGUUACGAGACGGUGAAGGUGUGGCUCCAGGAGAACCUGCUGGCCGUGGGCGUCUUUGGGCUGUGCACAGCACUGGUUCAGAUCUUGGGCCUGACCUUCGCCAUGACAAUGUACUGCCAGGUGGUGAAGGCUGACACCUACUGCGCGUAGGCUGCCAGCUGCCCGCCACCCCUGCUUCGCUGCCGAAGGACGUCGCCCCUGGGGAGACGACCGUGUCCCCACCUGCCUCUCCCACUACAGGACCUCUCACCAGCCCAGGCAUGGGCACCGGAGGAGCAGGCAGCCAGAGCCCCCAGGGCUCCCAGCCAGGCCUGUGAGCGCGGCCGCGCGGCCGGGGCUGGGGCCGGGAGGGGCUUCUGGCGCUUCUUACACCCAGGCGUCCUCCAGAGCAAGGUCUUCCCCCGCAGCCCUGUCCCGGGCAGGGGGCGGGGGUGGGAGGUGGGGGGUUGACCACUGGUCCUGGUGCUCGAGGCGGGUCUGCAGCCCCGUCCACCCGCAUUCCACAGCCGGGCCAGGGCCGGCUCUGCGUGCGUCUUAAUAAAGUGUGUGGGCAGCAGCCCCCCAGCCGUGUCUCUCACUGCCCUGACCCCAGGGGGGCCACACCAGACAGGCCCUGUGUGGCCGUGGGUCCUCCGCCCACCGAUACCGGCCUGGUGCCCGAGUGGGGCUCCGGAAUGUGCGCGGGCCCAGCGGGGGUAGCUCCCUGACCAGACAGACGGUGGCCCCUGCACCCGCAGAGGUUGGCAAGAGAACCUCAGUGAGGCUGGCCCAAAGCCGUGUCAGAGAACGGCCCUGAGCCUCACUGACCCACCCACGGCCCGUGCUGCGGACACCCCUCUCCUGAUGUGGGGUGGCCCCCAUCCAGCCUCAGGGCCUCCCCCUCCCCCAGGGGUGUCCUCCCAAAGUGGAGCUCAGCUCCAUCUUUCCUGUUCUCUAUUCCUAUUUCAUUCCUGGGAACUUUGUCCCUUAAGUGUCACUCACGGAUUUUGCAAAUAAGUAGGCUGUUGGCAGCGAAGCAGUUGUCACAAGGCCCAGAAUCAGAGAAACGGUCAAACUGCGUCAAACCACCUCAAAGGUGGGGCGGGGCUUCCUGAGGACACGACUGAUGGGAAGUGAGGAGGGUGGUGGGUCUGGGGGUCCAGGCUGGGGGAUGGGCCCCUCCCAAGGGCCUCACUAGCUGUGGGGCAUCUGACCCCCCAAAUGGCACCCCAUACUCUGUUUCCAGCCCAUACGCCUGCCGGCCCUGUGGCCCCACCCCCUCUGCAUCCUUGCUGUGUGGCAGACCUGCCUGGUGAUGCCUAGCCAGGCACUGACCCCGGCACAACCCAGACCACCAAGGUG